CGAAACCUCACUUACUUAUAACUAUAUAAUAUGGUGACGGAAGCUCAAACGACACAUCACUAAACUGCCUACCUCGUCACGACAUCUCAAACACAGUCCGCAACAUGAGAUCCUUUAUUGUUUUGUUCAUGUUGGUCGCUGCCACGGCGGCCGGCAAUGUGCGUCAGAAGAGAGGAUACCUCCAUGGGCUCCACGCGGCCCCAGGACAGUCUGCUGGCUACAACUAUGCCGCCCCGAAUCUCGGCUACUCUGCACCAUCCCUCAACUACGCGGCCGCCGCGAGUUACGCCCCAGCAAUAAGCUACUCUGCCCCUCUUGCGAGCUAUGCCGCUCCAGCGAUAAGCUAUUCCGCCCCAGCAGUUAGCUAUUCCGCUCCAGCCGUUAGCUACUCCGCUCCAGCCGUUAGUUACUCCGCUCCAGCCGUUAGUUACUCCGCUCCAGCAAUUAGCUACAACGCCCCAGCCGUUAGCUACUCUGCCCCCGCCUUGAGCUAUUCCGCACCGGCACUAGGUUACUCCAGCCCCGCUGCCUCCGUGAGUUACUCUGCCCCUGCAGCUGCAGUAAGCUACUCUGCCCCCGCCGUGAGCUAUGCUGCGCCAGCCCCCGCAGCUCACCUCGUCACCGUCAACAAAGUGAUAAACCACAAGAAAGUAGUGAACGUGCCACAGGUGGUCAACGUGCAAAAGCUGGUGAAUGUCCCCCAGGUAGUCUCCGUCCAGAAAGUUGUCCCAGCGGCCUCUCUUGGCUACGCCACCGGCUCCAGCGCUGGCUACGCCGCCGCGCCCACUUACGCCGCCCAAUACUCCAACGGAUGGUGGUGAAGCAAUCUAGAUACACCCCACAGACUAGUCAAGCGUAUGAUGUGAUUUUAAUUUAAUUGUUUUGUUACAAUACCCUACUAUGUUUUAUAAAUAAACGACUUAUAUUUUUGUACAAAUUA